UGAGCCUAAUUAGUCCACGAUUGGACACUAAUUGUCGAAUAAAAUAAAAAUGUUACAAUACCUGUUAAAUUUUAACACCCCCAACCAAAUACCCCCUAAGUAAAAAUUCAGUUAACAACCUUUGAGGACAAGUUAUAUGCUGAAAAAAAAAAGUGCAAAGUCUGGCCUGGAGGCAACUCCUGUUAAGCCAGAUGGCUAAAAACUGCAACUGAGGACACUGCUUAAUAUAAAUUAGUUGCUAAGCUAACAAUCUGAUUUUUGUGACUAUGAUAUCAUAGGUGGUCUACAGAGUAAUUACACAGCUCAUAGAUGGUGCUGUCUCGGUGGUUCACUUAGUGAAGACUUGGAAUUCUACAGUCAAGGGCUGUGCGGAUUCUCUGGAAGUAUCCCAACUGGUAGCAAGUUCAAACAAAACUAAAAAGUCAGUCAGAGUAACCAGGUGAAGACGUCUUUGCAAUCCCAAAGGAGAAAGGGAGAUCUCACAUGGAAACAUUCCUUUCUGCAGUCCUGGGUGAGCUGAUAUCUCAAUCCAUAAAUUUCAUCAUUAACAAGUGGUCAAAGCCGCAGACACUGAACAUGGAGGAAAACCUGCAAAGGGCUCUUCUCCGAGCAGAGGUCAUCAACGAGGAGGCCAUGGGACGACACAUCACAAAUCAAGCCAUGAUCCAGCAGCUGGGCAUGCUGAGAGAUGCCAUCCACCAAGGCUAUUAUGCACUUGAUGCGUUCAGGUACCAGCCUCACUCUGGAGAGGACGGUAGGCAUUUUAUGUCCCUAUCCAAGGUACUAUCUGCAAAGGAUCCCUAUUUCUUCAGUCGAACUGCACAUUUCACGGAACAGCUACAAGAGGCACUAGACACACUGAGCUCUAUGAUUGUUGAUCUGAGUGAGUUGGUCAUGUUCUUGAUGACCUACCCUCGUCUGUAUCGCCAACCUUAUAGCAUGCAUAUCCUAUUGGGUAACUGCAUGUUUGGUCGCCAGAUGGAAGUAGAACUUGUCAUCAAAUUCCUGUUGCACACACAGCCUCAUAGUUCUCAAGAAUUGGAGGUCUUGCCAAUUGUUGGUCCAGUCAGAGUCGGCAAGAGUACCCUUGUCACUCAUGUCUGCAAGGACGAAAGAGUCCGUGAUUAUUUCUCAGAAAUUUUGUGGUUGUGUGACUCCAAUUUUAUAAAUGAUGAGCUAGCUUGCAGAGAAGGAUGUGUAAUGAAACAUCAAAAUUGUAUGCCAAACUCAAACAGAGGCAACAGAUUUCUUAUUGUUAUUGAAUUAUCUGGAGAUCUGUAUGAAGAUGCAUGGAAUAGGUUAUAUCUUGCUUCCAAACAGAGCUUUCCUAGUGGUAGUAAAAUCAUAGUCACAAGCCAUUCAGACAAGAUUGCAAAGUUUGGAACAACACCAGCUCUAACUCUGAAGUUUCUUUCCAAGGAGGCAUAUUGGUAUUUCUUCAAGACACUUACAUUUGGAAGCAUGGAUCCUGAGACACACCCAAGACUUGCACAGCUGGCCAUGGAGAUAGCCAGAACGCAGAAACGUUCAAUCAUUGCAGCGUACGUCACCUCUUAUUUUUUGAGGGACAAUUUUAACAUACACUUUUGGCACAAGGUUUUGAGCUUCUUGAGAGGGAUCAUCCAGAAGCAUGUCUCUGAAUUCGGCGUGCAUCCAUUAGAUCUUCUGUUCCAAAACAGACCUGUACAGCAUGGAAGAAUGGCUAUACCUUCCGAAGAUAUCAUCAUUUAUGAUCAGUAUCACCGUUCUUCACAAGAGGAGGUUCCGGAGAUAAGAAUCCAAGAUUUGUUGUAUGGAAGCAUUAAGCGACAUGGAAAAUUUGAUGUCCUAGCAUGGAGAUCCCAGUUAGCCCCCUACUACAGCUACAUCAAUGUUUGUGAGAUUCGAGAGCAAAAAGUUACAGGUGCGAAGAGGAAGCGUUCUAUGAAAGAUAGAGCUACAUUCUGUUAAUUUGUCAUUUUCCGGUUCAAGCAGGAACAUGAGUUACAGCAGAGUCAAUUCUGAAGUGUAAGUUCUUAUGGAGAUGCAAGCCAAGCACCCUGUUGCAAGCCAAGCAAGAGUCUCGUUACCAACAAUCUUUCAGGUGUUUGAAAUUGACUGCAGUUAGUUGUAACAAAAAAAAAUCGCAUGAUUUUAGCUGCAUAGAUACACAAAUCCGGUAAAAUGUCUGCUCUGUUUCUUGUGUACACUUGAAUUAAUGCGUUGGGAAUUUAUGUAAUUGCUCCUCUUAUCAUAGUCAGAGUGUGCUCAACACGCCAAUUUUAAGAUAUCUACUGCAAUAUGCCAAUGAAAACUAUGGCUUACAAGUUA